AGGAUACACAAUUCUAUGCCGGUGAAGGGUGGAAUUAUCCCUUCUCCGGCAUCAUUUGAUCCUGGGAUAUACUCUCCUACGCCCGCUCGAAUUCCAUCCAACGAACCUCCCUAAUCAGCCAUCCCUAUAAUACACAAAUCCGUAUUACCCAGGAGAUUUGAUCUCUUCAGGGUGGUCUUAUUCGUCGAAUCUGGGGCGAAAAUCAGAGGUAUUUUUGGGUGGUGCCGGUUCCCGAUCCUGCCAAGGUGGGUUGUUUAUUUUAUCCCGCACCAUUAGCUUGUUGGAUUGGCGUAAAGUUCGGAUUCUCGGCAGCGACACAGGGACAAUCCCGAAUUUGGGGAUUGGGAAGUUCCCGAUUUCUCGAAGAAUUGGUUGGAGUUUUGAGGUGAAAUCAAUAAGGGUUAGGAGGUGCAUAUUCUUUAUUAUUUCUCCUGAUUGUUAAUUGAGUGAAAAGAUUGUUCUUUGAGAUGGAUGGUUGUGGUCGCCCGGAAUUCCCAUGCUAGAGGUUCCAGCGUUUCAUGGUCUGAUGAUCUGUGCCAGGCAAAAGCUCCUAGAUUGUGGGCAAAAUGUAUGCCGUCGGAAAGGUCUUGUACAGUGUCGCCGGUCCAUUCCACCCAUUUGGCGGUGCGGUCGACAUAGUUGUUGUGCAGCAGCAGGAUGGCAGCUUCAAGAGCUCGCCGUGGUAUGUGCGAUUUGGCAAGUUCCAGGGGGUUCUCAAGACAAGGGAGAAGGUGGUCAACAUUGCUGUCAAUGGUGUCGAAGCCGGGUUUCACAUGUACUUGGAUAGCAAUGGUGAGGCUCACUUUCUCAGGGAUGCAAACUCAGUUACUGCGGAAGGGGAUUUUGUUGUGUCCACUUCAUCUUCGGGGGAUGAACGGGAGGUGCUGAUGCAGGAUGCACAGUUAAGGAAGUCCAAAAGCACUUCUAGUGAUAUCUCAACCAUGGAGGCCACUGCUGGGAAUGGGAAGAUGCCCACAAGGACAGUCUCAAGGCAGAGCACCAUACUUGAGCGGAUGUUUGGACGGAAACCAAAUAAGGACAAUGCCCCUGCUGUGGAUACGGUGUGCUCAUUAAAGCGUGUGGAGAUUGCAGCCGAACUCCUUGAUACAAAGUGGUCGACAAAUCUCUCGCAUGGUUCGGAAGCUUCCAGUUCUGAUCAUGAACCUUCCAGUAGUCGUCUGAGAGAUGCUGGCAACGGUAAUCAAGGGGAAACCACAAAAAUGGUAUUGCCAGAUUGUAGCUUUGAUCAUGACAAAGCAAUGGGCUCUGAUUGUGACAAUGUGGACAGCACUGUUGGUAGCCCACAUGGAGGAAGGAGGAGUUCAGGAGAUGAGAAGGCGCACUGUAUACAAACCACUAGUGUCAAGGAGGAGAUAGUUGCCAUUUAUGCGCAUAAGACUGAUGACUUGACUGAUGGGAUCAUGUCAACUAUAGACCGGCCAGGAUCACAAUACCUGUCAAAUGAUUUGGAUACAGGUAAAAGUAUCAAUGAGUCUGUUGAUACUCAAGGUGAGUUGCCGGGUAAUCUUGAAGAUGUUACAGUAAGGGAAAUGCACACGGAGGUCUUUUCCCAUGGAAUAUUUGAAAUUCAUGCAAUUGAAACAUGCAUUACUGAUUGUAAAAGUGAUGUGGUUUCACAGUUUGUCGCUGUUGAUUCCGACAAGUUCAACCAAAAUUUUACUGAAGCGAAUUCACCAACUUAUAGCACAACGACAUAUUUGUCAAGUGAAACGCGUGAUGGUUCAAUGAUUGCUUGUGGUCAUGAGGCGUGCCAAGAGAAAGUGGUCAUUAUCAGUACCUCGGAGACUCUGGAGAGCUCAUAUGAUGUGUCCGAUAUUUUGACUGAUAAAGUUUAUUAUGCUGAAGGUAUCUCAUUGGCUGAUGGUCUACAGUUUGAAGAGUGUUCCAGAGUCUCCAGUGGAAAAUUGGAACAGAAAGAUGUCAAGGAAAGGCCGCUGUCAAAUCAUGGUUCUAGCAAUACUAAAGAAGACUUGUAUAACUUGGGUGUUCCAGAAGUUUCUGUUUUUGACGGCUCUAGUUCUCAAACCUUCCAAGCUAAUCUUCCUGAUAAGGAUAUUUCUGUCAGUACUCUUGUCAAUGAUCAGAUGGAUAUUUCUGUGGACACUGUUGCAAAUGAUCAUAAUACCAGCUCAUCUGAUGAUUUAGCUCGUCAGCAUGGUCUAAUAUUUUCUGAUGCUUCUCCUGGUGGUAUAGAUAUAUUGAGUUAUGUGCAUGAAAAUGAUUCUGACGAUUUAGCAAAGGAUUCCACGGUGAAUACUAAAACAUGCUAUGGGGAACAUGAUGUUUCUUUCAAUCAGACACCAAAAAUUCAAAGUAUAAACGGAGAGUCCAUUGCCCAAACACCCGAUUUCCCUAAUAAAGUGGAAGGUGAAGUUUCAUCAAUUGUUUUUGAUUUUUCCAGUUUGAGCAAAGUCGACACAGAAAAUAUCAAGCUAGAAUAUGAUGAGAACCGAUCUGGUUCUGCAAUUGGAGUUGACAUUGAGCUUGUGCCUGACGAGCCAAGGGACGAAGCAGAAGCAGUUAUGUCUUUAUGGCAGCUUGCUGAAAAAACAGCUGCUUGCCAUAAUAAAUUAGAAGAUGAUGCUUCACCAAUUAUUUCUGAUUUUUCCAGUUUGAGCAAAGUCGAAGCAAAAAACGUCGACUUGGAAGAUAGCGAGAACAGACCUAGUUCCGCAAGUGGAGUUGAAUUAGUGCCUGUGCCUGAGGACCCAAGGGAUAAAGCAGAAACUAUCGUGCCGCCCUGUGAGUUUGUAGAUGAACUUCAGUUUCAAUUUAGUGAGACUACAAGUUUUGCUGACAGGAAGAUUGUGGAUGGUAUAGUAGCUAAUAAAGCAGCAAUUGAAGGAGUGCAUAACGAAGCUGAUGGUGAUGCAGAUGAAGAGGAAGGAAAUGGCAUUGAUCUCAAAAAUAAAUCAGAAAACAAUCCUGAAUUUUCAAGGCCUAAGAUUAUCCUUGUUCCUAUUCCUGGAAGUGGGGUGAAUCUAUGUGAUAAUAAUCUGGAGGCCAAAUCUGCACCAAAUAUCCGUUCUGACAUACAUGAUCUUGAAAGAUCUGAUAGUUUUCAAGUAAGUCGCUCACUGUACAAUGGUAAGAACAGUGGCGUUGAUCCAGUCAAGAGUAAGAACUCUUGCUUUUCAGAGCAGGAACUAGAAGGCACUAGCGAGUCCAAAAAAAAUAGUGUCCCAAACGAUAAAGCAGAAACAAUCGCGCCGUCCUGUGAGUUUGUAGAUGAAAUUCAGUUUCAAUUUAGUGACACUACAAGUUUUGCUGAUAGAGAGACCCUGGAUGAUAUCGUAGCUAAUAAAGCAGCAUCUGAAGGAGUACAUGAUGAAGCUGAUGGUGAUGCAGAUGAAGAGGGAGGGAAUGACACUGAUCUUGAAAAUGAAUCAAAAAAACAUUCUGAUUUGUCAAGGCCUGAGAUUAUCCUUGUUCCUAUUCCUGGAAGUGAAUUGCAUCUAUGUGAUAGUAAUCUGGAGGCCAAAUCUGCACCAAAUCCCUGUUCUCGCAUACACGAUCUUGAAAGAUCUGAUAAUUUUCAAGUAAGUCGCUCACUGUACAAUGGUGAGAAUAGUGGGGUUGAUCAAGUCGAGAGUAAGAACUCUGGCUUUUCAGAGCAGGAACUAGAAUGCACUAGUGAGUCAAAAGGAAAUAGUGGCCCGUGUGAGCUCAUCAAUAGUCCAGUGCCUGAUAACAAGCACUCUGAUGACCUGAAAGACGAUUCGUUCAACCCUUUUGUGGAAUUAUCCCUAUGCAGGCACUUGUUAUCUGAAGGCAUGGGAGCAGAUGCUGCGUGCAAAACCUUUGAUGCUGAGAAGAUAACCUUAGAGAAGUUCCGUACCAUGGAGCAGUCAUUGAUAAGAAACGACAAGCUAGUUGUUAGGAUUGCUGGCCGUUACUUUCCCUGGGAUGUAGCUGCACCUGUCGUACGGGGGAUGGUUUCUUUUAGAGAGGAACAGCUCUUUGAACACCAAGGUAUGAUAAAGGUGGAGCGAGUUGAGCCAAGCACAACACAAGGUGGCAGCUGGAGAAUUUGGCCAUUUAGUUUCAAAAGAACGAGGACUAUCAACAGCAUCCAGCCAGUGUGUGAGAGCACAGUGGCGAGUACUUUAUCCAUUCCUGUUAGAGAGUCGGAUGGAGGAAGAAAUAAACCCAGUGCGAAGAUGAUGGAGAGGAAGGUGCGAUCGCUCACUCCAACAUCUGAGGAGCUUGCGUCUCUUCAUCUUAGAGAGGGCAGGAACAUUGUGACAUUUACCUUCUCCACUGCUAUGCUUGGGACACAGCAGGUAGAUGCUCACAUAUAUUUAUGGGAAUGGAAUGCACACAUUGUCAUAUCAGACGUUGAUGGAACUAUCACCAAGUCUGAUGUUCUAGGUCAGUUCAUGCCAAUGGUUGGUGUUGAUUGGUCUCAAAAUGGAGUUGCUCAUUUAUUUUCUGCAAUAAAGGAAAAUGGAUACCACCUGCUUUUUCUAAGUGCACGCUCUAUUUCACAGGCCCACCUAACAAGGCAGUUUCUUUUCAACCUAAAGCAGGACGGAAAAGCACUUCCUGAUGGCCCUGUCGUGAUAUCUCCUGAUGGCCUCUUUCCAUCUUUGUACAGAGAAGUCAUCAGAAGAGCUCCUCAUGAAUUCAAGAUCUCAUGCCUAGCGGAUAUCAAAGCACUAUUUCCUCCUGACUCGCAUCCUUUCUAUGCGGGAUUUGGGAAUAGAGAUACAGAUGAGCUUAGUUACCUCAAGGUUGGGAUUCCCAUGGGCAAGAUCUUCAUAAUAAAUCCCAAGGGUGAAGUUGCGGUGAAUCGGCGGGUGAAUACCAAAUCAUACAUGUCCUUGCAUGCUCUUGUGAAUCGGGUGUUCCCUCCUCUAUCAUCACCACCGGAGCAGGAGGACUUCAAUACCUGGAAUUACUGGAAAAUGCCAGUCGCUGAUAUUUGAGGUGCAGUCUGGGCACAAUGCUCUAUGGCGCAGAGCGAUGUCCAUAAGAAGGCAAAGGCAAAGGGAUAGGGCAGCGAGGCUAAUGAAUGGUUGGCGGCGAAUGCUCCUUGAUGCAAGAUGGCCGGUAUGUAUAAUACGCAGUAGGCAACAGUCUGUACGAGGGAUGCCAUCAUAUCAUAUUGCAGCCUGGUUUAGAAUGGGUGGUCCCUUGAGAGUUGGUUCCUUCUUCCUUCCUUGCUUUACUAAUUUUGUAAGUACUAGAACAACAAGACAAGAAUUCAAAUAUCAUCAAGUAAGUUUGUUGGA